AGCAAAUGAAAGCACGAAGCGCUCAACGAGUAGCGCAAAACUACAAAUGACACAGGUUAGUGAGCUGUGAGCGGUGAGCAGUGGAAAACACUGUAGUACAAUUACAAGAACAAAACAAUAACAAUAAACAGGCAAAAAAUCAAAAAAGCUGCGGAAACAGAGAAAACAUUAGUGGCUGUUGUAGCAGCAGCAGGCAUCAACAUUCAGUGAGCCAGUGAACCAGUGAAGGCAGUAGCGCGCAGCAAUUUAGUCUGUAUUUGUUUUCUUUGUUCACAACUUUACAAAAAUGAAAUUAGUGCGCAAUAGAAACAAUAAUUUUUCAAUUGUUUAAUUUUUCUAUUGCUGAUGAAAAUUGCGUUACAUCAUAUUCUUCACUUUGUUGUCAAAUGAAAAACUAAUGAAAUUGAAACACAUUUGUACAAGCAUACAUAAAAAAAUAAACAAAACGCUGCGAAAUCAAAACAGAUCCAAAGCAAGGAAAAAUAUUAAAAAAAUAAUAGUAAUAACUGCAUACUAUACACACACAAAAGCAAAAGGGAUUUGACUGCAAUUUAAAGCACAAAACAAAAAUCAACGAAAAAACUAUAAAACACCAGCAAAGCAUUUGCCUUCGCUUCCCAGCGAGUGCCACCGAAUGCGUUUUGCUCAUAUGUACCGAAAUUCAAUUGGCCACGAUUCAACGCACAUAGUAGUCGUCGUUGCCGGAGCGCGUGCAUGCAGACGAGGAAUCGUUCCGAGGUGUAACCAGAGGAGCAGCCGCCGCCGUUGGAACAGGAAGAGCGUUUGCAGUGUUAGUUGCAGUCAUAGCCGUCAUCAUAGAGGUAGUUGCAGGAGCUUAGUUAUCCAUAGCGACAGCCGUUGUAGCCUUUAUUAUACUGUGAGUACGAUUACUAAUAAACGCCAUCAAGAUGCCAUCACUACUGGAAGCAUUGGAAAGAAAAUAUUUCACCGACUGUCAAUUAGAGAAUCUGAACGACGACGAUGCAGCUGCUGAAGCAGAAAAAGGCCUUAUAUCCAUCUAUAUACCGCGACUACCACCGCUGCUCAGCGUGCCCGAGUUGUUGGUGUUGAACGACUGUGACAUUGACUGUGCGGGUGAUUUCGAAGCCAUAAAAGAAAAAUGUCGACGCGUACGUGAACUAGAUCUAGCACAGAAUAAGCUAAACGAUUGGCAAGAGGUCUUCCAUAUACUCGAACAUAUGCCGCGUGUGGAGUUUCUCAAUUUGAGCAAAAAUCAUUUGGUCGGUCCAAUAUGCAAUCCCACUACCCUGCCCACGAAUAGUUUAAGGAGCAUGGUGCUGAAUGGCACUUACCUGGAUUGGCCAUGUGUUGAAGUAUUAUUGGAUAAUUUGCCAUUGUUAGAGGAAUUGCAUCUCAGCUUGAAUGACUACAAAGAAGUGCUUAUUGAUUCAAUUGAGUGUGGUGACCGCGAGGACGAUGUAGCUGGCCGAGAGGGGGCAGAAAAGGUGCAUGCAGAUGACGACGAGGUAACCGAGUGCAACGAGUGUAACGACAACAAACAAAGUGACUCACACAAUUUAACCACCACAGCUACAUCCACAGCGCCUGCAGCAGUAGCAACAGCAACAACAGCUGGAGAGACAAUAGCAACAGUAACAGAAAUAGAAACCAAAACAGAAACAGAAACUGAACCAGAAACACCAACAACACCACCGCCAACACCAACUUCUCCCACAGGCAGUUGCUACACAGAUGCGAGAUGUAAACGCAUACGUCCACAUAGGAAACUGAAAACGCUACACUUCACCGGCAAUCCCGUCGAAAGUUGGCUCGAAAUUUGCCGCUUGGGACGCGUAUUUCCUAGCCUUGAAAAUUUGGUGCUCGCCGAUUGUCCCAUCAAAGCCAUACAGGCUAAUGCCGUCAACAAUAACGACGACUGCACAACCGCCUGCGAAGAAGAUAUCGAAAUGUCCAACAAAGCCGAAUGCCCGCACAAGCAUUUCCACAAUCUGCUUUUUCUCAAUCUCAGCUACUCGAACAUCAGCGCUUGGGACGAUAUCGACCAAAUUGCGAAAUUCCCGAAACUGCGCAAUUUACGUGUCAAAAAUUGGCCGCUCUGGGAGCGACUCGAAUGCACCGAACACGAACGUCGUCAGCUGUUAAUUGCGCGUUUGCCGAAUGUUAAUUUGCUAAACGGCGGCGGCGUGAUCAGCGCAGACGAGCGCGAGGAUGCAGAACGUGCUUUCAUACGUCACUACAUGGACAAGCCAGAAUGGGAGCGUCCUAAGCGCUACGAUGAAUUGGUAGCUAAACAUGGCAAGUUGGAUCCGUUAGUUAACAUAAAUCUUAAGCCUGAGAAACGCCUGAAAGUAUUUAUUACAUAUAAGGAUAAGACGGAAGCGCGUUUGCUCGAUGUCUAUUGCACGGUGGCCGAUCUGAAGACGAGGCUGGAAAAGUUAAUUGAUUUAACGGCGAACAAAAUGCGUUUGUAUUAUGUGGAUCAAGACUUCAAAGAGUUCGGACCGGAACCCAUGAAAUAUCCCAAUAAGCGUUUGUAUAGUUAUAAUAUACAAGCGGGCGAUGAAAUCAUUAUCGAUGAGAAGAAAUAAGUGGGCGUAUUCUAAAUAAAUAAAUAAAUAAUAAUAGUAAAAACAAAAACAAACACCACGUUACGACUAAAUGCAGCUAAGAUGCGAUGCUUUUAAUUAUAUAAGAGAAUGUAAAUAUUUUGUAAAGUGAAUAUACGAGUAUGUAGUUUUUAAUGUACCUUGCGCUAUUUACGAAAUAUGGUAAACUACUGUGGUACACAAGCGUGCUAUAUGAAUUUGAAUGUAUGAAAUAAAUAAAUAAUAACAAUAAAAUAAUAAAAACAAAAAUCCAAAUACAAAUACAAAGCUAUUGCUAAUGCUAUUAUAACAUUUUUCA